AUGGAUUCAAUUCGAGAAACUCAUUAUAGUUCCAACUGUGGUAACCCCAGUCUCAUCGACGUUGGCAAUAACGGUGCUGCGUCGCUUGCAUCGUUGUCUUCUCCGACGACUUCAAGCCGGUACGAGAACCAAAAGCGCCGUGAUUGGAACACCUUUGGCCAAUACCUCAAGAACCAUAAGCCCCCACUGUCUCUCUCCUGGUGCAGUGGAGCUCACGUCCUCGAAUUCCUCCGCUACCUCGACCAAUUCGGUAAGACCAAAGUCCACACUCAAAUCUGUCCUUUCUAUGGACUCCCUAACCCACCGGCCAGUUGCCCUUGCCCGCUCCGUCAAGCCUGGGGCAGCCUCGACGCACUGGUCGGCCGCCUCCGAGCUGCCUUUGAAGAAAACGGUGGAAAACCCGAAGCAAACCCUUUCGGGGCACGAGCUGUAAGGCUUUAUCUUCGUGAGGUUCGUGAUAUGCAGUCAAAAGCAAGAUACUUUAGUCAUAAGAAGCAGAAGCAGAAGCAGAAGCAGAAGCAGAAAAUAAAGGCCCCAACCCAAUCUAGCAUACGCCACUCCACUUAUCUCGCGCCUUUUCUUCUUCAUUCCCAAGGCUAA